GAUAAAUCCCACCCCUUUUUUCCGGAAACGGCCGAAGUUCCUAGGGUAUGUGUGGAGCUGUUGCCUCGUCUUCCUCUUGAAGAGAACGAAGAGUGAGGGGGCCGCGCUUGGACACUGGCCCGCGGUGACCGCAUCGGCGGCCUUCAACAUGUCUGAAUUCGACGAGUUCGAGCGGCAGCUGAACGAGAAUAAGCAAGAGCGGGACAAAGAGAACCGUCAUCGAAAACGUAGUCACAGUCGCUCUAGAAGCAGAGACAGAAAACGGCGAAGUCGCAGUAGAGAAAGACGAGGAAGAGAACAGCGCAGUGGAUCUAGGGAUCGGAGGAGGCGAAGCCGGUCCCCCAGGCAUGAAAAGAAAAAGAAGAUUCGCAAAUAUUGGGAUGUACCUCCUCCAGGUUUUGAGCAUAUCACUCCUAUCCAGUAUAAAGCCAUGCAAGCUGCUGGUCAGAUUCCUGCUACAGCUCUCCUUCCAACAAUGACACCUGAUGGACUUGCUGUUACACCCACACCUGUGCCUGUUGUGGGAAGCCAGAUGACCAGACAGGCCCGUCGACUUUAUGUUGGAAAUAUUCCCUUCGGAAUAACAGAGGAAGCUAUGAUGGACUUCUUUAAUGCUCAAAUGCGCCUAGGUGGAUUAACACAAGCACCUGGAAACCCUGUCCUUGCAGUGCAGAUCAACCAAGACAAAAACUUUGCUUUCUUGGAGUUCCGAUCUGUUGAUGAGACCACACAGGCAAUGGCAUUCGACGGCAUAAUUUUCCAAGGCCAGUCAUUAAAGAUCCGCCGUCCCCAUGAUUACCAACCUUUGCCUGGCAUGUCUGAAAAUCCGUCUGUGUAUGUGCCAGGGGUGGUAUCCACCGUUGUUCCAGACUCUGCACACAAGCUAUUCAUUGGAGGUUUACCCAACUAUCUGAAUGAUGACCAGGUAACCAUGGCGUCAUUAAGCCUAUGGGUUAAAGAGUUGCUUACAUCUUUUGGACCUUUGAAAGCCUUUAAUUUGGUGAAAGACAGUGCUACAGGUCUCUCUAAGGGUUAUGCUUUCUGUGAAUAUGUGGAUAUCAAUGUCACAGAUCAGGCUAUUGCUGGUCUUAAUGGAAUGCAACUGGGAGACAAAAAGCUUCUUGUACAAAGGGCGAGUGUUGGCGCAAAGAAUGCAACAUUGAGCACGAUAAACCAAACUCCAGUAACUCUUCAAGUACCUGGCCUCAUGAGCUCUCAGGUGCAAAUGGGUGGACAUCCAACAGAGGUGUUGUGUCUGAUGAAUAUGGUGUUGCCUGAAGAACUACUGGAUGAUGACGAAUAUGAGGAGAUUGUGGAAGAUGUAAAAGAUGAGUGCAGCAAGUACGGGAUUGUUAAAUCCAUUGAAAUACCCCGACCUGUUGAUGGUGUUGAAGUACCAGGAUGUGGCAAGAUCUUUGUGGAGUUCACCUCAGUCUUUGAUUGUCAGAAAGCCAUGCAAGGACUCACAGGACGCAAAUUUGCAAACAGAGUGGUGGUUACAAAAUACUGUGAUCCAGAUGGUUACCAUCGUCGUGAUUUCUGGUAGAUCUAGUUAUGUACAAGAUACUGAGUGGAAAGAAAAUGAGUUUGAGAGGGAACUGGAUGCUCAUAAGGACUUUUUUUUCCCCCCAGCCCUAAUCCCUUCCAACCCCUUUUUCUUCCAGGAGGCUUAUUUUGAUCAAGUGUUUAUAUAUUAUGGCCAAUUUUUUUUUUCACCCCCCCUCCCCUUUCCCGAAGCAACAUAACCACCCAUUUUCUCUUUUAAAGUAA